UUGAAGCUGUCCGAGACCUUCUUGGAACGCUAGCGCAGCGCCCGACUGUGAGAGCGACCUGUUGAUUACUUCGGGUUUUGGAAUGAAGACAUGAAAAGUAGAGGCAGAAAAAGUCGCUUCAUGAAUGGCUUCGAAUGACCCUGAUCCUUCUGAACCCCCUGGGAAUCCCCAGCCAGGUGACCUCAUCGAGAUCUUCAGACCGGCCUAUCAGCACUGGGCUCUGUACCUGGGUGACGGUUACAUCAUCAACCUGACACCAGUGGAUGAGAGCCAGGCGGCGGCCAUGUCCAGCGUGAAGUCCGUGUUCAGCCGGAAGGCGGUGGUCCGCAUGCAGCUGCUGAAGGAGGUGGUGGGGAAUGACACCUAUCGCAUUAACAACAAAUACGACGACAAGCACACCCCGCUGCCCAUCUCUGACAUCAUUCAUCGAGCCCAGCUCCUCAUUGGCCAGGAAGUGUCGUAUGACCUUCUGGGCAGCAACUGCGAGCACUUUGUCACCCUGUUACGCUAUGGAGAAGGAGUCUCUGAGCAGGCAUCCCGGGCCAUUGGGGCGAUCAGCUUGGUGACAGCGGCUGCCAGCGCAUUCUCUGUGCUGGGAAUAAUCAACACCCGCUCCCGAAACAGGCCGUUCUGACCUCACUGUCUACC